AUGAGACCAGUUUUGCGAGUUGCAAAGAUUUGCGCUGCGCGCAGUCGUCUUACUUCGCGCCAUGGCUUCGCGACAUCGUCCCUGGCCGCCUUCCAGGCGGUUCCAGCGCAAAAUUCCGCGAAACGCUACAACCCUCCCGACCGCCAAAAGUCCAAGUACGACGUCUUUAAAUCCAUGAUCCUUACCCAGUUCAAUGUCGUCCUCGAGAACAUGGGCGGCUAUUCGGAGACCAACCGCGAGCUCCAAAACUUUGGCGUCAGAAGCGAACAUGGGCUCAACAACGAGAUCGCCUUAUUCCGGGAGACGAUACAGCGAUCGAUACAGAUGGCCAACAAGGGCGCGAUGCUGCGCAAGGAGAACCCGCUCUUCUGGUCUCUGCGGAACGCCUUCAUCCGCGGCGAUGUCAAGGGCCUGACUUCGGAGCUACGUUAUUCGUUCCAGAGCUUCAUGAUGCGGUCAAAGCUGUCUCAGUCCACACCGAGGCAGAAGAAGCUGGCGGACUUGAGGUUCCCUCAUGAGUGGUUUCCCGCCACGCGGGCCAUACAGCGCACCGUCCACCUUCACGUGGGACCGACGAAUUCAGGAAAGACGUAUCGGGCGUUGCAGGCGCUCGAGAGUGCCAAGUCAGGCAUCUAUGGAGGGCCAUUGCGUCUUCUGGCCCACGAGAUCUACUCGAGAUUCCAGGCCAAGGGCAAGGCUUGUGCCUUGGUCACGGGUGAGGAGCAACGUAUACCAGAUGCGGAUAAUUACUUCAUCAGCUGCACCGUCGAGAUGACGCCGCUCAACAGACUCGUCGACGUCGCAGUGCUAGACGAGAUCCAGAUGAUUGGCAACUCAGAGCGAGGCUGGGCCUGGACCCAGGCUUUCCUCGGUGUCAUGGCGAAGGAAGUCCACCUGUGUGGUGAGGAGCGUGUCGUCGAUCUCAUCAAGUCGAUAUGCUCCAGCAUUGGCGACAAGUGCAUCGUCCAUCGCUACCAAAGACUGAGCCCCUUGCAAACCAUGAAGGAAAGUCUUGGCAACGACCUCACAAAGCUCCAGAAAGGGGACGCGAUCGUCGCCUUCAAUCGAAUCCACCUACACGGUCUGAAGAAUGCCAUUGAGGAGGCCACUGGUCGUCGUUGUGCCAUCGUCUACGGGUCUCUACCACCCGAGACUCGAGCGCAACAGGCAGCUUUGUUCAACGACCCGGACAAUGACUACGACUUCCUCGUUGCUAGUGAUGCCAUUGGCAUGGGUCUAAACUUGGAGAUCAAGCGUGUCAUAUUCGAGACCGCGACAAAACACGACGGCACCCAGUUCCGUACUCUAACAACCUCCGAGGUCAAGCAGAUUGGUGGCAGAGCAGGCCGGUUCAAGACAGCCAGGCAAGCGGCAACAGACCACAACGGCACCGCCCAUAUUGAGGGGAAGAAGAUGGGCUAUGUCACGACGCUAGAUAAUGAGGAUUUGCCAAUCAUUGAGAAGGCCUUCAACUCCGAGACUGCACCGCUAGAGGUGGCCUCCAUCCAUCCCCCGGCCUUUAUCAUCGAGCAGUUUGCGGAAUAUUUCCCUCCCGACACGCCUCUCAGCUUCAUCCUCCUGCGACUGCGCGAACUCGCCCCAGUAUCAGAGCGAUACACUGUACACGUCCCCGAAGACAACCUGAAGAUCGCCGACGCUAUCCAGGAGUUCCCGAUGACGAUACAGGAGCGUAUCACCAUCCUUCACGCGCCCAUCUCACUGCGCGAGAGCGGUCAGAAGGAGAUACUCCAGGCCAUCGCCAAGUGCAUCUCCACACGUAGCGACGGUGCACUGUACGAUAUUGGGCCCAUUAACCUUGAGCUGCUCGACGCGACGCUCGAGGACUUCAACAACCAGGGCAGGCGAUAUCUUCACUCGAUCGAAACACUCCACCAGGCCAUCACGCUCUAUCUGUGGGUGAGCUACCGCUUCCCCAACGUCUUCACGAGCCAGGCAUUGGCGUUUCAUGUCAAGGACGCCGUCGAGGAGAAGAUUGAGUUCUACCUCGAGAACAACACCGUCUUUGACGCUGCUGUGCACGGCAGGGUCCGUGAGCGGCAGCGCAAGAUGGCGAUGCAGAAGGAGUUGGAGCAAGGGCUGCUCACGGAAGAGGAGAGCCAACACGCCGAGGAUAAAGUCCUUGUCAAUGGCGAGCCUUCUCACGAGAGUCCAGAGCAGUGGAACUAUCUGAGCCACGAGGAGCCCCUUGUUGGGGAUGAGAGUGAGUACAAAGAAGUGCAAGACCGACCACAGAGCGAACCUGCCACCGGCCAACAGCCUUCGUGA